AUGGAGGCUGCGGUUCAAGAACACCAACUUGAGACCGGCACCUCCUUUGGACUCUUCCAGCAGGACUAUAGCAACACGGCAACCUUGGCGUCAGAUACGUGGCUCAAAAGAGUCUGGAAAGAGUUGGAGGACUUGGAUAUCUACGUUGCCCUUGACUCUCCUGUCCUCCCUCUCCGGUGCGAAGGCGAUGCCUUGCUCAUUGAGGUAUUCAUGGAGUUGGAAGUGGAUCAGGACGCUCUCAAGUGGCUCAACUGGUGCCGUAUGUUCCUCCAAGUUUGCACUGUCUCCGACAUCGUGACGGCCGAUGGCCGCAGCAUCCGAGAGUCCAUGUGGCAUGGGAAACGUGACAACGCUCAUCGGUCGUCAUAUCAAUGGCCUCGCACUGUCCGGCCCAACAGGACCCACUGGAAGGCGUGGCAGGAACACCUUACUCGAGCACUACUUGUCUCUGACGGAUCCCAGCGCCUACUGCGUCAUCCUCUGGGCCCAUGGAUCGAUCCUCUUGACAACUGGAACUGGUUAUGGUCUUCUACCCACGGAUUGUUCCACCGCCAGGGCCACGGGUGGCAACACUACCGUCACCGUCGCUCCUCCACACGGAGCAUUCAAUGGGACUAUCCUUGUUCUACCCAAUUGUCCGGGUGCAAACGACCACAUAACAAGCACACCGCCAACGGUGUCAGCUUCUUGCCAGCCCCCUUUUGGACCCAACCACUCCCAGCUGACAUGUGCCGAGCUACCGUCCACAUUACGCCUUCGCUAGGCACUCUAGCCCUCACCGGCAUUGGGACAGCACCGCUGCAGCCGCAUCACGACUCUCAACCGUCCUUGCUGGCCGCCUGGAUGGCCGCCUCAGCCAGGGUGACCGAGUAUGUUGGCUGGACCCCUGAAGAAAUUGAGAUCGAUG